UUUCAUUGGCAUUCAUACGUAAACACGUUGAGCCAAUCAAAUGAAGCCUUACAUACAUCACCCAGUUAUAUAAGUUCACACCAUGGACGUGUAACACAAGUUCGUGCUCACACCUAUCCCAGUGGUGAAUUUACCUACACAGGGUGUGAGGGCGACAAAAGUCCCAGGUGACUGAUUAAUUCGUGAUCAUCUCUUUCUCGGCCAGUGCAGUCUCGCUGAUCUCUCGUCAUCAUCAUAUCCAUCGAUGUCGCAGAUAUUUAACAAGAUGGAAACGAAACACAAAGAAGAUUCGUCGCCAUCUCUUCCUCGAUCGCAAAAGGGCAAAGAAAAUACACCACAUGCAGGCCGCAAGUCUUCUGCUGCUUCAAAACCUCCUUCAGCAGGACAAUCGCAGAAAGGAAGAACCAGCCAAAGCGCCAAGGGACCUAGAACUGUACCCCUGGAAGCAAACGACACACCUAUAAUGGAAGAAACUGAAGGAAAAAAGUUUAAAGGAGAAAAUUCUCCUACACCAACAUCAACCCCAAAGUCGAAGAGAAAAGGGAGGCAAGGAGCAGACGACAAGACUAAAACCACUCACACUGGAGAAAGAUAUAUCGACGGAGGAAUUCAUCCACCAUCUCAAACAUCAUCCCCCUCCGAAUCCGCAAACUCAGAAAGAAAACAAGCAAGGGGGGCAAGAACUAAACAUUGUGUUCCAUUGUCGUCGAUAGGACCGGAGGAAACUGCAGAUCAUGAACCUGAAGUUUCGAGGGUCCAGAGACGAAAUACUAAGGCGUCUUCUAAUUCGAAGUCCACAAGCCUAGACAAAUUACCAGGUGAAAAACAAAAUAAAUCUUCUAACCUGAAAUCAACAGGAAAGAAACAUCAAGAAACUGCAGAUGAGCCCCAGAAGUUUUCGUCAGGAGAGAGUCUGUCUUCUCUUUCGACAUCUACAUGUUUGGAAGAAAUAGCAGAUGAAGAACAAGAGGUUUAUUCUGCAUCAGAGUUGAAUAUGGAAUCAGAAGCAAGGAGUAAAUUUUCGUCUCCUGGAACAUCCAUACUUCAAAACGAAAUUAGAGGUGGAGAACAGAAGCUUUCGUCUGAGUCGACAUCAAAGAUGUCAAAUGCAAGAGCGAGGGGUAAAAUUUCUUCGCCUUUGACUUCCAAAAGCCAAGAAGAGUCAGCAGAUGAUAAACAUGAGGUUGCCACUGUGUCGACAUCAACACUGAAGAAACAAGGAACCCAAAGGAGACCUAAGCUUUCUACUCAUUCGACUUCUACAAGUCUGGAAGAAAUAGCAUGUGAGAAACAUGAGACUUCUUCAGUGCCAACAUCAACACCCAAGAGACAAGAGAAAGGCAAACAUCCUUCGACAUCACAAAGCUUGGAGAAAACAGCAGAAGAUGGAUGUCAAUCUCAGUCUUCCUCUACACCACAGAAAGAAGAAGAGACUCAAGUUUCUUCAACAACUUUAAAAAAGAAAGGAACAGGAACGAGAUCCAAACCGUCUUCUAAUUCGACAUCCACAAGCCCGGAAAAAAUUUCCAACGAGGAAAAUGAGUCAUUGUCUCAGCUGACAUCAACAAAAUCAAAAAGACGAGAAUCUGGAGCCAAAGAAAAGCUUUUUUCUCCACCGACAUCCACAAACCAUGAAGACAUAGCCGGUGAGGAGCACAAGGUUUCCUCUGCGUCGACAUCAACUUUGAAGAAACGAGGGACACGAGGAAAGUAUGAACUGCCUUCUCCUUUGAUAACCGAAACUAAUGACCAAAUGUCAAAUGAGGAACUUGAAGUUUCAUCUGAACUGACAUCACCAUUAAACAGUGCAGCAGAAGCUACAGGUAAAUCUUCUCCUCCAACAUCCACCAUCCACUGUCAUACAGAAGGUACAGAACAUGAGGUUUCUCCCGCGUCAACAGCAACAUUAAAGAGAGGAGAGACGAAAAGAAAGGGCAAAAGUUGUCCUUUGGCAUCAAAAAGCGGGGAGGAAACAGCAGAUAGGGAACUGCAAUUUCCCUCUGAUUGUACGUCUACACUGCACGAAAAAGGUGGAGAAGAUAAACUGAAGCACACUGAAAUAGUGAAACAAGGAGAAGGAGCCCCAGAGGGGAUGUCUUCUGUACCAGCAGCCGAAAUACAGGAAGAAACAGAAAGAGAAAUAAUCUCACCUUCCACACUAAUAGAGCUCAAAGCAUCUAAAGAAACUGCCUCGUCGACUCAAAAACCAAAACCUUCCAAAAGGAAGAUAAACGACUCUCGCGAGAUGAAGCUCAUCAAAAAAGCCGAUAAAGUGAUGGAUAAAGCCCUCAUCGAAAUAUCUGCUAAUCCCACAAGAAACGGCAACGAUUUUUUCGAUGAAGAGGUGAAAUUGGAACAGAAGGAGAAGCUGCACGCCUCUAGUAACUGGCAGACGCUGUGCCAGCAAAUUCGGGAAAGUCUAAAAGAGGGAAGCGCGUGGAAGUGGAAAGUGCUCAAUUCCGGGUCUUCCUACGAUGGAACGAAGGUGGCGAGAGCUGAUGAAGUGGACUGCAUGUUUAUUCCGAAAAGCAUCCCUGACGAAUGGAUGGAGAUAGAUAUUAGUGGCGCACCACCAGAAUUUUGCUUUAUUAAGCUCAGAGACCUUCCCAUCAGUGAUCCAAAGUACUUGGCGUUCAAAGAGCUUUGUGGCGACCAAGGGAUGGUCAAGUCAGCGCUCUUCAGGACCAAAGCAUUUGACCUGUUCACCAAAGGAAUUGCAAAAAACAGACACGCAAAGGCUGGACAACCCUCGGCGACUGCGGCAGCGUUCCCAGUGAAUUACUAUGUGAUUCCCACAGAAACCCAAGGGAUGUUGCCCAUUUCACUGGAUUUAGUGCCAGCCCUGCACUUCACUACAUGGCCAGAGAAGCUGAAAGGUUUUCUCAGCAAAUUACCACAGGAAAAACGAGAAGACGUCGAGAAAGUUGGUUUUCACGCUGUUCCCAAGCAAUGUCUAGAUGCGUCAGACUAUGCCGACUGUCUCUGGCGACUGAGUUUCUCGGCGGCAGAAAAGCAAAUGACCAACUUUGUUGAUGGAAGAGACCGCGAUCCCUCGUCGGCAGUCGUGACCACGUACCGGAAACACGUCAUGCGCAUGGUCAAACGGAUCCUGGAGCUCUGUAAAGGCAUUGACAACCCGAAAAGGAGUCGGCGAUGCCCCAGCGUUCAAGAACUGAACAAAGCUGUAACAACUCUUCGGGAACAAAAAAGCGUAGAGAUAAAAUAUUUUUCUACGUUUCAGAUUCGAAUGUUGUUUUGGGACUAUUUCUACGUGCGGCUCCCUGAAGACGUGGACUGGGAGAGAAGCAAGUGGCGCACGAGACUGCAAGAGACCUUCAGAAAUUUGAGAAAGAUGUUGACUGGCGAGAAGCAAGUAGAGCACUUCUUCGUUCCAGGCCUGAAUACCAUGGAAAACGUGCCGAUAGAGGAGAGGGAAUUUCUCUACAUCAUCUUUUAUAUAGCGGAGAAAAUAUUCUGAUGGGCCCGCCAAAAACUUGGAAUUAAAGGAAUGUGCAUAGGGCUGAUUAAACUUUCUUUUACCUGGCGACAUGACCGUUAAACACUAUCACAUGUUCCCGACAUAAAGACGGGUGCACUUUCAUUAUGAAUGUGCAUUUAUACGUGUCUUUUUUUCUGUGUAAUUUUUAUAUGUAUAUACAUGUAUAUACACAUACAGCUAUGUAUUUGGCAUCUGUUUACAGGACCAAUUGUUUUGUCAUAUUUUUUACUGCUGUCUUCAGGCUUCCUGCAUUAAAUGGCAUUCAAACUUUUAAACUAAAACUUUGCCCAAGUUUCCGGACUUGUUUAAUUAAAAGGUUAAGGUUAGUUCAAUGAUAUUUUGAUCGCUGGGGAGUGAGUCGCAUUUAUCUUGGGGCCAGUUUUUUGUGAGGGUGUAGUCAAUCUAUUCAGACCUUCUCAUCGGAUUCUCAGAGAGAAAGGAAAAAGAGCCAUAAUCAUGAAAGAUAUAUAAAUUCCUUCCAUUAAUACUAUUACAUUCCUACUUAAUCAUGUUCACACAAUGGAAUAUUAUCCUAGUAAUGAUGAUAAUAAUAAUGGAAUGAUCAAUUAACUGAUAAUUGGUUGCUGUUGCCAAGGUUUGGAAUGAAAAAUAUGUUUGCAAACUUGGACUGCAAAGUGCAUAUAAAAAUAUAAAAAGUCACAAAACAA